AGUAGAAUUAGAAGAUGGGAAUCUCUCCGUCAAAGCGAGUCAAGUCCUCCUUAUCCAACUCGCCCGAGUUCGACUCUGCCUGCAACUCGACCUUCAGCCACUGCCUCUCCCUCACCGAGCACGGCUUCGACGGCGUCUUCCCCUUCCAGCUCGCCACCGCCUCCGACCACCUCUACCAAACCCUCCACGACGACGCCGCGCCCCACCCUCUCGUCCUCAAGUGGGUCUCAUCUCCCCCGACUCGCUCCCAGGUCGACUCCGCUCUCCGGGCCGUCACGCGCUCCGACUCCGACUCGGAGACCACGCUCCGGUCGCCCCAGUUCAAGCAGUGGGCCGUCGAGCUCUUCGCCGGCGCCGUCGUCGCUAACGCUCGGAAGGACCUGAUGGUUCGGGUCCCGAUCGGCGUGGCGGGGAUUGCGGGCUUGGGGGCUGCCAGUAGGUCCGGUAAGGACCUUGUUGGAACCGCGAUUGGGGUGUACGCGCUCGGCGUUGCCGCCGCCGUUUAUCUGGGUUUACAGUGAAUGAGGUGGUUUUUGGGGUUUAGGGUUUUAGAGCUUAUGGAUGGAUAUUGACUUUAAAAAGGAAAUUUACCUUUUUGGACCAGUUAUGCAGAUUUCAUAUAUCUAAUGCCAGUUAUAUUGUAUCAUCCAAUUUCGCCUGAUUCGUUGCUUUUGAUUUCGGGUGCUUAAUGUUUGCGAUGGGUGAAUUUGGAGUUGAAUGUUUGAUUUAUAUGGAGGCUGUCGUAAAUGUUUUGCUUCAGAAACUAAUCUGAGUAAUCUCAGUGCUUUAAGCUAUCCUAUUUUUUCUAGUGAAAUGCUUUUCCCAGUUCCAUUCAGUGCCUUCGCAGUUGCCAGUCGCUGUCAACAAGUUUGAAGACAUGGAUUUUCAUGCCUGUUGCUUAAAUUGUUUGUUCAUUGGGAGGAAAAGCAUAUGAGGGAUGAGUUUUGAUACUUUUGCUUGGUGAUAGGAACUGCAUAGCCUCUGUUACCUCCACUGUGGAGGUUGUUAUUUUAAUUUUGUCACGAAUGCCAUGUCAAAUCUUACUGAUGAAGAACAUAGAACUACUGACAUAUUUUUUGAUGAGAUUGGUUAACAUUCGAAACACAGGUUAGGUUGAUUGUAAGGGUGCUUUCACGAUAUGUUAUAGAUUAGAAACUU